AAAGUGACCUGCGCUAUGUCCAGAGCCUACUGUGUAUUAUGGGUAGCAUAACAAUUGACAGUGGUGCGCGACAGGCCCUAGAUUCGACGUUCCGUUCUGUCUGUGCAUUUUUACUCCAAAGAUCGAAUAGUAGAAUUUAGAAACUUCACGAGUGAUUAUGGCAGUUCCGCUUGCUUGUACGCGUUUCAGCGAUAAUUACGACCUUAAGGAAGAACUAGGAAAAGGUGCAUUUUCAGUAGUGAGACGAUGUGUUCAGAAAUCUACAGGUUCGGAGUUCGCAGCAAAAAUUAUAAAUACAAAAAAAUUAUCAGCUAGAGAUUUUCAAAAAUUGGAAAGGGAGGCAAGGAUAUGUAGGAAACUUCAGCAUCCAAAUAUAGUGAGAUUACACGACAGUAUCCAGGAAGAAAAUUUCCAUUAUUUAGUGUUUGACUUGGUUACGGGUGGUGAAUUAUUUGAAGACAUAGUAGCAAGAGAAUUUUAUUCAGAAGCAGAUGCUUCACACUGUAUACAACAAAUUUUAGAAUCAGUCAACCAUUGUCACCAAAAUGGUGUAGUACAUAGAGAUCUUAAGCCUGAAAACUUAUUAUUAGCUAGCAAACAGAAAGGAGCAGCGGUAAAAUUAGCAGAUUUCGGAUUAGCAAUAGAAGUUCAGGGCGAACAGCAGGCAUGGUUCGGCUUCGCAGGCACGCCGGGAUACUUAUCGCCGGAGGUACUCAAAAAGGAACCCUAUGGAAAACCAGUAGAUAUUUGGGCGUGUGGUGUCAUUUUGUACAUUCUGCUCGUAGGUUACCCGCCCUUUUGGGACGAAGAUCAACAUCGGUUAUACGCACAAAUAAAAGCGGGAGCUUAUGAUUAUCCAAGUCCAGAAUGGGACACUGUGACGCCGGAAGCGAAGAAUCUCAUCAACCAAAUGUUGACUGUAAAUCCUGGAAAAAGGAUUACGGCAGCCGAAGCCCUUAAACAUCCAUGGAUUUGCCAAAGAGAACGUGUUGCUUCAGUCGUUCACCGACAAGAAACCGUGGACUGUCUCAAGAAAUUCAAUGCUCGACGCAAACUCAAGGGUGCUAUCCUUACUACUAUGCUGGCUACUCGCAAUUUCUCAAGUAGAAGUAUAAUCGUUAAGAAGGGAGAAGGAUCUCAAGUGAAGGAGUCAACGGACAGCUCGACAACAUUAGAAGAUGACGAUAUUAAAGAAGAUAAGAAAGGUGGAGUCGACAGAAGUUCGACGGUUAUAGCCAAAGAACCCGAAGGUCCUGGAACUCCUCCUCAAUCACCAAGAAUAACACCUGCAGCUUCCGGCUCUCCUUCUAGUUCUGUAUCAGCGGCUCAGCCAAAUCCAAGGCCGAAUGCCUUAAAUUUGGGUCAGGCGUUGUUGCAAGGUGUUCAAGGUGUGGACUUUUGGCACAACGAUAUUGAAAAAUGGGUAGAAGCUACCGUAGAGUAUGAUCCGAAAAAGGAAUCAGAUAAUACUGUGGCAUAUCGUCGUCUUGAAUCUUGCGAUUUAGAUGUUGAUGAUGAGAUUCGGAUUGUGUGCCCUGAUAAGCCGUACACUCAACUAUCCACAAACUCACAAACAUCAGCUCGACGACAAGAGAUUAUUAAGAUGACGGAGCAGCUGAUAGAGGCUAUUAAUACUGGGGACUUCGAAGCAUAUACGAAAAUAUGUGAUCCCCACCUAACAGCUUUUGAGCCAGAAGCUAUGGGAAAUCUAGUAGAAGGAAUGGAUUUCCACAAAUUUUACUUUGAUAAUGUGCUCGGAAAGAACUGUAAAGCUGUAAAUACGACUAUUCUCAACCCACAUGUACAUUUACUGGGUGAAGAUGCUGCAUGUAUUGCCUACGUUAGGUUAACACAAUACAUGGACAAGCACGGUCAGGCACAUACCCAUCAAUCAGAAGAGAGCCGUGUGUGGCAUAAAAGAGACAACAAAUGGCAGAACGUCCAUUUCCACCGCAGCGGCGGCAACGGGGGAGCGGCAUUCGGCUUCAGUUUGCAUAAAUAGAACUGUUAAGUCGUUGAGACAAGAAAAAUUGCUAAGCAAGAAAUCCAUAAUAGACUAUGAUGUUUUCAAUGUGAGAUUCUCGAUGGUGAUGUGUGAAUUUGUAUUGAUUUUCUCGAUUCGGUAAUCGUUUGUACUUAAAGAUGAUAAGUAGAAAUAAUAUGAUUUUUUUCUCACAUGCAGCUAUAUUGACAGCAAAUGCUAGUCCUCCAUUCAUGCAUUCAGUUUGAAGUAUUUAACAUAUUUUUUAGAAGCAAUCUAAACGUCAAUCUUUUUCAGUAGGUAUAAAAACUGAAAACUGAUACAUAUAUGAUUUCAGGAAACUAUUUAAAGAAUCGAAGUUAAAGAGUUAAAGACUCGCAGUUAAAUCAUUAUUUGCUUUCUUUGCCCAAUAUGAUUAUAGCUAAUCUUUUGAGAAAAAUGAAAGGAGACCUUUUUUAUUUACUAUGUCCCAAAAAACCUAAAAAAAUGUUUUAUGGGACAAAAAGGUGUUUUUGGCAUUUGUUUAAAAAACAUUGUUGAAACAAUUUCUGCUCAAAAAUUUCCACCGGCACUCUUCAGAUUCUUCAGUUGACGGAACAGAUCUUUGUCCGUCACUGCAUAUACCAAAAAAUUAAAUUGAUGCGCGUUUCUAUAUGCAUCUAUAUUCAUUGGUUUUAAGUAGUUGUUUCAGACAUGCCAUAUAUUUUUGGGGUUUUCAUAAUUAGAAACUGAUUCAAGAACAUUUUCAUUAAACCGUGUCAGCUUUAUACUUCAAUAAAUGUCUAAAACACUAAAUUUGCAUAUGGCUUUCAGACUUUAAUUUCAGACAAUUUCAGACUUUAAAUUAGUAAAUUAAUAUACAAUUUAAUUGGGCAAAGAAAGCAUAAAUACUCCUCAAAAUAACUAAAUAUUUAGUUCCUCUUAAUAUGUAGUUACUAAUAAAGAAGUUUGAUUUAUUUUGCUUCUAAAACGUAUACUAGAUAUUGUAAAUUGUUGAGACUUAUUAACGAAAGCGUCUCUUUAAAAGAGUUUAGCUAGAAAGCCUUAGGAAUAAUUGAUAAUAUUACCUCCUUAAACUUUAAAUUUGCCAGAUCCAUCCCGAGAAAAUGCAGGGUAACCAUUUAAAAUAAAUUCCGCUCAGUCGCUUUCUUAACCUCUUUUAAAAGCGGCGUAUGAGGCAAAGGUAUUUGCACACAUUAUGCAGAGUAUUCCGCUUAAAUUUUCACCACCUGAAGUUUUGGUCACGAUAAGUUAAAAAAGGAGUCUUUAUCUCAAUUUUCUAGGACAAUUUGAAUUGCAUCAUUUAUCGAUAAGUAAUUAUGAAAGUUAGAAAAGAAAACCAGCAUUAUCGUAGAAAUCUGUUACAAAACUGUCUUUUCUAUGAUCUUUUAGGCACUAAUGUUUAGUUUUAGUUGACUUUAUUUAUUUUUAAUAACUUACUUCUAAACAAAUGAAAAACAAUGAAUUUAUAUCUUUUAUUUUACAAACUACGAUAUCUAAUUUAUUUAUUACACUAAAUCUAAUACAUUAUCUACUUAAUUAAAAAUUCAAAAAUAUACCGCGCCCGAUACAUAUCAAAGUACACCGACGUAUUCAAAUUCACAACUAACUAACUAAUUUCAAAAUCUCUCUUAUUUAUACAAUGCUUAAUCAUCUCGAAUACAAAAGAAUUAUCCAGAAUAAACGAGUAUUUACAUAAUAACUUAAAGCACGUAAAAUCGAAUUUACUAGUACAAUAACAAAAGAAAAAUUAUUAGAAAAAGGUAUGUAAACAACUCGAUCGAGAUCUUUCUUUAAAUUGGGGUCCAUCAUAAAUCAAUGUAUAAAAAAAAUGUUACUUGGUAAACGUCUUCGGCGUCUGUUAGUCCGGGAGCUGAAAACAGUCGGGUGACUUAAUUAUGUCACAAAUCACUCGAAUUUCCUUUAUUUUCUCUAUUAAUGUCUCUGCUCUGGCACGAUAUCAUAUGGCAAAUCGAUGAGUGACUCAGAGAAAAAGAACAGGUCUCUUAACCGAAUUUAAAAGACAAUUUAUAUCUGGAUAUCUGGGAAACUAUAAGCGGAUAUACAGAGCUGCCUAAGAAACUGAAUGUGGGCGUCACUCAAGACUAGCUUGAGAAUUUAGAAGUGGUGAACAACAAGAAGCAAAUUGCAAUUGAUACAAUAACCAGGAAUUAUUUUUAGAAAAUCACUAUUUACUUGCUAUAUAAUGUACUGGUUAGUAGAAAUUGAAAUAAAGAGCAAAAGUAUUAAUGACAAAUAUAUUUAAUAAAUUGUUAAUAAAAAUGUAUUAAUUUAUAUGCAUAAAGAAACUUUGAGGUAAACAGUAGUGGUGGUGUAGAGAAAGACUAGAACCAAAAGGUCACGUAAAAUAAAUUACCACCACUACUGCGUUAGGUAAAAAGGUAUUAGUGAAAAAAAAACAAUCAGUGUCCGGGAGAAAAGCAAAAUGUCUUAACACGAAAGGUUAGUAUUAUAAUACAAAAUAAUCCUAGACUAGUUAAGGUAUUAACGGUAAGAUAGAACAACUACGGUUACCACAAAAUGAAUACCUUACCUAGCAGACGUAAAGGAGUGAGGUACUCACCAAACGGACUAACAAGUGUCCGAAUAACAACCAAAAUACCAGAUCUAUAUGAAACAAUGAGUCGGAUCGGAGACUUUUUUUAUUUUAAAUAUUAUGAAAACCCUAAAUAUAGAUUUAUUUCCCUUUCCUUGGAAUAACCACAUAAGUAAAAUGGGAGAGACACGUGUGGUCAAAAUAAAAAGAGAUAAAUCACCAAUCGGUAGAAGUAUCGGCCGACCGCGCAAAAGAUGGAGUGACAACCUUUAAUAGCAGAAUACCAAUGAACAAGCAGAAUUGCUUAUAAAGAGGGAGAAGAAGAAUUUAAAAGAUAGGUGACAGUGCUAACUAGAUUAGAUGAUAAAAUAUAACUACUCUGUCUCUGAACAAAGCAAUUUCUAGAGAGUAUUUUGAAAUAUUUAGCGGUUGUUAGAUCAUUCGAAGACAGAGCGGUGCAUAUUUUCUACCUUACAAGAUAGAUGGCGCUAUAUACCCGGUGAGUACCGAAUGUAGAGCAAAAUAUGUCAUAAGGUGACAUGAAUAUAGAUUUUAGAGAAAAAGAACAGACGCAUAAAGCGAAUUACAGAAUGUUUUUGGAAGAUAGAGAUAUAGAAUAUUUGCCAUAAUUAUAUAUAUAGCCGAGUUGGGCCUUGUUCUUUAAUCGACAAUUUGAGCAAAGAUCUUUGGUAGCAUUAAAUCCUGCUCUGUCAGAAGAUACUCAUACCAUAUGAAACUUAAGAUUGCUGCGGUCAAUAGGAAACACAGAAAGAAGUGAAGACACGUAAACUUUGUUUCUUGUCUCUUCUUUCAAUGGCCUUUUCUUUAACAUUUAUAACAGAAGUUAUUACGGAAGUUACUGUCCAAUAUUUUAAAGUAUAUCUACUUGUUUACGUUCCUAUUUGUGCUUACUUUUGCGUGUUAUUCUUUUUUUUUUACUCAAGGAUGUCAUGCCAUCUUAAAAAUCUCCUUUUUAUUUAACGAGACGAAGACACAGUACCUUUAAAUAGUGCUCUCAUUGUUUGUUGGUUGUCGAUUUAAGUGAAAUACCUGCAUAAUAUAGAUGUACAUGACAUCGCAGAAAGUUUUUACAACACAAUUUUCUAUCCUAGAAUUAACCUGGAAAAUAUUUAUAUAUAUAAGAAUAUUUAUAGAUGGAGUGAUUUUUUAAAAUAAGCAACUUUCAAAUCUUUAUCUCUUUUGCUUGCAGUUCAAGAGAGAGUGAGCAAUUUUCAUAAAAUGAUUUAUCUUGGCUGAAUUUUUUCUAUAAACCGUAUAAUGUUCUAUGAAUUAAGAAUAGAUUACAAAGCAGUGCAGCAUAAGGUUAUCCUUAAGAAUUUUGAAAAUGCUAUAUAAACAAGUUGAAUUAUAAAGGAAUUGUAACUUGUAGUACAAUACACACUCUUUAGAAGAAUACAAUUAAUAUUCUUAGCGCAUUGCAACUUUUAUAGUUUAGACCAGCAGUCAGAACAAAAAUCACUGGAAUAAAUAUAUUUUUAAAUACAGCACCUACCGACUUGCUUUGCAUUUUGUUCAGGAUGAUACCUAUCAGGAAAAAAGUCUACAAUAGAAAAAUGGGUGGAAAUGCAUUAAUUGGAUUUUAAAGUGCAUAAAAUGCAUCCAAAAUUACAUGAACAUGUCAAAAUCAGUCUAUUAAGGGCCAUAUUUUAUUAUUUGGAAGGUUUUUGGGACCACUGAACAAGAAUACGCCAUCAGAGCCGACCCCCGGAGCACCUGGAGCCAAGGGUCACUGCUAAAGCACGUCAUCUGGAGUUUCAAAGGUUUUCGGCACUAAAUUGAUGCAAAUAGGAGGUGUUUGGCGUCGCUGAACACGAAUACACCAUCAGAACCGAUCCUCGGACCACCUGGUGCCCAAGGUCAGGAUAUUCUUAUUCAGCGACCCUAAAACCCCCGAGUAAUCUGUUUUCAGCUAUUUAGCGUCGAAACCCCUCGAAACUUCAGAUGACGUGCCUUAGCAGUGAACACUGGGCACCAGGUUCUCCAAGGGUCGGUUCUGAAGACGUAUUCGUGUUCAGCGACCCAAAUUCCCCCGAGCAACAAAAUCUGGCCCUCAAUAUACCGAUUUUGGUAUUUUUAUACACUUUUGGAUGCAUUUCAUGCACUCUAAAUGUACAGCAUUUCAACUCAGUUUUCUAUUGAAGACUUUUUUCCUGGCGUCACCCCAAACACAAUACAAAAAAAAGCAAUGGUGAAUUCCCAGUAGCUGGCUGUAUACCAUAAUUAAAAAUCAUACAGAACAAGUAAAAACUUCGUUUGUAUAAUGGUAUCAAAAGUUUAUUGAAAAACUAUUAAAAAGUCAUCCAAAAGUAUUCGCAAAACGUUUUCGAUCUAGAUCAGAUCAUCUUCAGUGCCUAGAACGAAGUAUUUCCACGUUAGAAUGAAUGCAAAAGGUUAAAAUUAUGACUAGUUAAAGAACAAAUGUGGAUAAUACUUACGUUCUGCUUAGUAGAUGACACUAGCAACCUUAUAGAAUAGGUGACAUCGAGAAAUAUGAUUUACAUUUCGAAAAACUGGUGUUAGUAGCGACUCUAAGUCGAUGUUAAAAGAUGAAUUUAAGAGUGCUCAAAAGGCAACAUGAUUAAAUGCUCGAUGAUAACGUAUGGUUCUUGCCAGUUCAAUGGACUCAUUACUCCUACAUACAACCAACAUUACUCCUUUCAUCUUUUACAACAUUAAUAUGUAUCUUAUAUUUUUCCGUCUAUAAGUUGUUUACAUUCAAGUAUUUUUCAUUUCUCUUUUUAUUUCAAACUAAAUUAAACUUUCGUCUUCUUUUUUAAACUGUCAUCAAUGACGUCAUUGACUUUAUUAUUAAUAACAUUUUUAUGAACAUAACAAUAAUAACAAUUCUUUCUGUAACAGAGAGUUGCCUUUUAGACUUUUACAAUAGAAUCUAAUUUAUUAUAAUUCAAACUCCACUUUAAUACAGUUAUUAACAUCCAUUCAGCUUAACUAAUAAUUUAAAUUCAUAAACUACAAUAGUUUUUAAAGUCAUAACCAAAAACUGACUAUCUGUCUUGUCAUGUCACUUCAGUCUGAUAAAUAGAUUAUCAUCUCCUAUACUCUUGUUGGUCUGUGCCCAUUGAACUGGCAAAAACCACACGUUAUCAUCGAGCAUUGAAUCAUGUUGCCCUUUGAGCACUCUUAAAUCCAUCUUUUAACAUCGACUUAGAGUCGCUACUAACACCAGUUUUUCGAAAUGUAAAUCAUAUUUCUCGAUGUCACCUAUUCUAUAAGGUUGCUAGUUUCAUCUACUAAGUAGAACGUAAGUAUUAUCCACAUUUGUUCUUUAACUAGUCAUAACUUUAACCUUUUGCAUUCAUUCUAACGUGAAAAUACUUCGUUCUAGGUACUGAAGAUGAUCUGAUCUAGAUCAAAAACGUUUUGUGAAUCCUUUUGGAUGACUUUUUAAUGGUUUUUCAAUAAACUUUUUAUACCACUAUACAAACGAAGUUUUUACUUGUUCUGUAUGAACAAUACAAAAAGGUGCAGGUCGAUAAGUGCUGAGAUUGUUAAUUUAUCUGUCAUUGCAUUGAGUUGUAUUAUUCCUAAAGCUGCAAGCUGCACUGUUAAAUAUCUUAGCUUUACUCAUAGCCGUUUAUACUGUCUGUGCUAAAUUUCUAGCCCACAUAAAAAGCUUUGUCAAAAUUGUUUACCAGCUCUUGAGCUUCUGGAAAAUGUUGUUAAAACUUUGUGUCGUUAUGAUGGCGAGCAUUAAUAUAAACAGUCUCAUUAGGUUUUUGUGCCAUAUAAUUUUACUUGAAUACUAAAUUUAACGUACGUAUUUAUAGGUAGAUAAGAAAAAUUCAUUUCAUUAAAUUUGUACAUAAGCAUUUGCUUAAAAAGUAUAUGUAAGCUGUUAAUAUAUCAAAAACCAUAGUCUAAAUGAUCUUUUCACACUUAGACGAGUUUCAGAUAAACUUAGAUAUUAAGUACUUGCCAAAGAUAUAAUAAACGUCUUUAAAAAAUUUGUCAAGUUUGGAUACAUGAGACUUGAUAUAAUAGAUUGCCUUUUGAAUCUUGUUAAGCAUCAAGCUUGCCGCUGGAAGAUGUAAAAACCGUGUCUUUAUUGUAAUAACAUUUAAAUAGAAACUGGCAACUUUCAGUCUGUAUUUUAGAAUAGCAACGGCAAACAAUUUGGUCCCCAUUAUCACAAAAUUUAAAUAAAUAGUAAAAACGUAAGACAGAUUUGGAAAGUUUUGAAAACUAUGAAUGUAUGUAGAGUUGCAUAAUCAUCCUAUGCAUAAUCGAAUUCAUCUGUCAUCGGUAUGUCAUGCCAAUGUCAAUCACUUUCACUAAAAUGAUCCGUUUUGAACUCAGUGACACAGCAUAAGAAAAUCAGUGAUAUGAAAGUCCAUAUCACGCACUGGUUUAACUACUCCUUUCUAAAAUAAUAUGGCGGUAAUCGUCUCUUUAAAUGGGUUGACUCAUUUACUUUGUAACGAGUCUUUUAGAACGAUAUGCACCAGAUAUUUAAUACUUAGUGCCAUAUGUUGUCACUGAUUUGACAUUCAACGUUUUACAAUGUUUAAGAAGUAUCAAAGGACUUUUGUACCACAAAGUACCCCAGUUGGCUUAUUCUAUUAAGACCUUUUUACUCUAUUUAUUUUCUUCUUUCGAAGUUUGGCGAUCUAAAUGGCAAUUGUCUUUGGAAACUGCUGCACGCCACGCUGGUCUUCCCACCGAUCUUUUGCCCGUAAUUUACCUCAAUAUGAUUUGGAGUCAUUCAACAUAUUUUUUAGCUGCAUCAGCAACUUAUUACCCUUUAGAGCCUAAAUUUGGCUAGAUAUAUACACCAACCGAAGGUUUGUACUUCACACAUCAUCCUUUUCAUUGUUUUCUCUUGGUGGAGAUUGAAGAUUUCAAAGCAGUCGUUUAGUUUCCUAGAUCUUCUCACACUGCGAUUUUUGUCUAUACCUUACGCCUAUGGUUUAGCCCAAAAGAGCCAGACUUCUAAGAAAACUAUUAUUAGUGUCAGCGAUUAGUUUUUAUCUGAUAAGGCUCUAAAAAACCUAUCUCACAGUUAUCCCUGUUCUAACAGACAAUGGUCGAAUUCAGAAGACGAAAAAGUGAGGGAUCGGUUCCCGAUGGACCGGUAACAGUUGUGUUUUGUCUUGUGAAGCUCCGCUCCCUAAAUUCGUGAUAGCCUAUCACUUUCUGUUAUAUGCGAGCUUAUAUACUUGCCUCUGCACAAUAAAUUGUUUUUUUACUUCAUAAUCAUGGUCAAAGACCAUGGAUUGUUUACCGUCUCGGCUAUUUUCCAAAUGAUAAUUAGUACAUAACGUCAUAUUUCAACAAGUCUACUGACAAAUUCACAAAAGUAGCAUACGUUGAGCGGAGGUAGCGGAAUUAUAAUGAGCUCACUAUCAUGGCCACAUUGAGAGAACGAAUUUCCAACAGUUGCAGAACCGCUCCUGAAUGCGACAAAUAUAUUCGUCCCUACCAUUUCCAACUAUCGAAUGUGAAAAAUCUUGUUUUUCAGAUUCAAUACCUUGCCCUCGCAUUAUACGUGAUACAUCUUGUGGCAAAUUCUCGUUAUUAUAGCUUGAUUAGGAGCGCGGGAAAUAUGCUGCCUAAACUAUCGAAUAUGAACAUUUUUUCAUUUGGUUGACUGCAAACUGACGAAAAUGGUUAUAUUCGAUACUUUUUUUUGUAUAAAUAUAACUGAAGGUAUAUUUGUACAACUCUAAAUGUCGAAUGUGUCAGAUUCGUUAGUUUGUGUUGUAAUUUAUUCAACAGUUAUUAAAUUAUAAUCUGUAAACUGUCGAAAAUGCUAAACUGCUGAGAAGAAUAAAUGCACGUGUUUACAAUUUGUGCGAAUUUUGAUCCAGUAUCGCUUCCAAGAAAUUCUUGUGAGGCAGUUUAUGAUUUCAUUUUAACGGAUUUUCAUUAUUUGAUUAUACAGUUAUUCGCUAUUGUACAUUCGCUACUUUGAAUCAUCGGACCGAAACAAAUCUUUGAUUAAUACAAAAGGCAAAGUAACGAAUGUGAUUUUUUGGAAAUGAUAAGCAGUUCAAAUUUGUUAUCAAUCUAACAAGGAUUAAAACAUUACAUACAAAAAAUAUAAAAAUUUUUCCAUGCGCUGAUUUAGGAGUAUCUAAAAAAGAGUUAUUUUGCUCUCCUGAAAAGUACCAUUUUUCACAUUCGACAGUUGGAAAUGGCAGGAACGAUAUGUUCGUCCGUUUCCUCUAUAUUUUUCCUAAAAUGUACACAGAUUGUAUCUGAAUGAGCAGUGUCCAGUGAGAUUUCCUUCGAUUACUCUGAGUUCAGUUUUCUGAAGCUCUAAGAGUAUUAUUUGCGCAGCAAACAGCAGUUUGAUAUAACCUUUUUGAUUGCCUUUGGCCUGGAAUAGUUUCUGAGUAAUCUACAAUUUACAAGUUCCUUUUCUAAUGUUUGGACAUAUAUGCAUAUUCUGCAAUAUAGCUUUUCUGUAUACCGUAGGUGGCGGUUCGAUAAAAAGGAUCUAGCUACUCCUUUUCCAAGACUAUCACCAAUCUCGUUACCAAUAAUUCAUUUAUGCCCUAGUACCCAUAGCAAAAUUACUUUGUUAUGGUGUUUAGGGGACUGUUAGGCGUUUUUCCUUUGGUGUGUAGAUAGAGUUCCUUCUUAAGCUCAGAGAUGCAUCAUAUUGUUCUAGUUUUUAGUCUCAUUUCUGGAAAUUCGAUAGUGGAAAAUUUCUGGAAAUUCGAUUAAAACUCUAAUAUUUAUGUCAAUCUAAUCUAUAUAGUACUUAUAACAUUUAUAAGGUCUCACUUUUAAACCCAUAAGGCCAGCUACUCACUAUCAGUUACACGUGACAGGUACACCUGGACAGUUGGACCUAUCAGGUGUACCUGAUAGUGAGAGGUUAUUCCUACCAGAGACUAUCAGGUACAACUGACAGAUCUAACUGUUUAUGUGUACCUGUCAGGUGUGCCUAAUAGUGAGUGACUUGCCUAAGACAUAUUUUGUCGACGUUCUUACUAUUUAUUUGUAAACAGAACUACGUACAAUCGUACAGUUGGUUAAAAAAUGUUAUUGCACUAGCUUUAGAAGAAAAAAAUACGACUUCGGCAGCUUAAUGCAACUCUCCAAAAUGAUUAGUUCGUAAAUAUUCGUACAGAAAACAUUAUUUAAACUUUUUAAACUCCAUUUUUACACCUGAUAGUAACUUGACAGUUGAGUAUAUGUAAUCUAACAGUGCGAAAUUAUUUUCAAUUUGUAAAUUAUUGCUUUAUCUUUGAAAAAAAAAAUUAAAUAGUGACAUAAGACUUUGAGGUUAAAAUGUUUGUGGAAAACUUCAACUCAGUCCAGACAAAAACAUUGCUUUAAUAAUUACAUCAAGAUCGUCAAAAAGACAAUAACUUUAAUAAUAUACAGUGAUGAGCACGCUAAUAACCGGCAAAAUAGCUCAAAAGAUGGAAAACAUAAUACAUUGCGAAACAAAAAGAGAUGAAACUAGUGGAGGUGGAAAUUAUCGUUAUAAACGUCUAAAAUAAUAUUACAUUACAUAGGGUGCGUUCGGACGACCACAGCGGCUGGACAGCUGAGCCAGCAGUAGCUGUCAGACGUCACCGCUAGAAGUCAGCCGCUGAGAGAUUUACUAAGCUUUCCCUAUCACGGCUGGAUCCAAUCACUCAGCCGAUUUCUGCUGACAGUCAGGCGCUAUGGUCGUCCGAACGCACCCAUAGUUUCCCACCUUUAGACGUCUGUGACAGGAGUAUUUUAUAAAAUUCUACUGUCACAUUGACAGAUGUCAUACUCCUCUGAUACGUCUAAAGGUGGGAAACUAUGUAAUGUAAUGUUAUUUUAGACGUUUAUAACGAUAAUUUCCACCUCCACUAGUUUCAUCUCUUUUUGUUUCGCAAUGUAUUAUGUUUUCCAUCUUUUGAGCUAUUUUGCCGGUUAUUAGCGCGCUCAUCACUGUAUAUUCAUAUUUGUGGUAAUACAACAAGCCUGCAUUUAUGUUUCGUGGACCUUAGGAAGGCAUUUGAUAGGGUCCUGUUACAGCUACAAUACAGCCAGAAGUACAGAUAUACGACAGAGAUGAAAGGUGGAGAACAUUAUAAUAACUGGGUAAGAAACAGAAGAGAAGACUGGAACGACCACAUAAGCCGAAUGACAACAAAUAGAGUAGUAAGGACGGCAAAAGACGGUUCCCCAAUAGGAAGACGACCAGUGAGAAGACCACGAAAACGAUGGAACGACAACCUACUAAGAGGCACGUUGAAAAUAAAAACAAAAUUGAAAAUGAAAUUAAAAAUAAAAAAGAGUUAUAUCUACACAACAAGAAGAAGAGAUUCGUGGUAGAUACAAUGACACAAAUAACAAAAUUGUAUUUACCAUGAAAAUAAGUAUCCAUAGUAAAAUCCAAAUUGUAUUUGAUAAUAUUUUUCAAUGCAUCUAAGAUGUCUGUGGCAGUUUUCCAUAAGAUUUUAACGUCUAUCUGAAAUUUUGAAUUGACAGUUAUUUUGAAAAAAAAUAUAUAAAUCUAAUAUGCCUUAUAUUCUUAUACGGCCCUAUAUAAAUGAAAUGUUUCAACGCACUAUUAAUUAAAGGCAUUACUCAAAGUAAUGCCUUUUGCGUCAACCUGUUGUUAGCUCUUAUAGAGCAUCUUUUAUUUUGGUUGGCUUCUACACACUCUGUGUAUUUUGUCUUAGAAAUUUAUAUACUUAAUAAAGAUCUUUCAUCGAAUUGCUACCAACAAAUUAAUUGAUACAAUCGAAGCAAAGAUUUAAUAAACGACUUACGUUUAUAUUCAACUUUCCCGCGUUCCAAGGCGCGUGUGUAGACUGCGCGGUUCAGGUUAUUGGAAAAGCAGGGUUGCCGAAUUUAAAACUAGGAUUUCCUGAUGAAAAUAUUUUAUUAAGUUUUUUAAUUUAUGUACUUAAAUAAUGUACUUAUAAAUUAUAAUUAAUUAGCAGUAAGACGUUACAAUUAAUUUAAACAGUUUUAUUCGAAAAUAUAUACGUGUAUUAAUAGAUAUUUCAUAUUAUGCACACAAUUAACGAAAAACUAAAGGUAUUUAAAGUAUGAAAUUUAUUAAUCAGUAGGUACGUUAUGAACAUUCUUCAAGGUGUCCCACAUUUUCUAAUGCCAUUGAUUGCCACUAAUGCCACUUUUUUAUGUAAUUCAGUAAGUGCUUGAAGUCAUCAACAUAAUGUUUGAAAUAUAGAGAUUGUUUUUCUGCUUCAAGUGUUCAUUAUUGGAGGUUUAACUAAAAAAGUUUCUAUUUCCUCUACUACUCGUAUAAGUUCUUCAACGCCUAGCUUGCUUUAUUUUCUGAUGUUUCAAACCAAUUCUGGGACAUAGUACUUUUCGUGUCUCAACAGAUACCUCGAAUAAUUCGUUUUUCAUUGUUUUCUCAUUGAUAACAGUACUAUCAUUGUCUAUUCCAGGACUUCCUCAUUUGCCAGACGAUAUACCGGCAUCUUGAAGGCUUCCAGUUCAUUUAAACUCUUAAAUUCAGUUAAAUUUAUUUAAUUAAAUUCAUUUAAAUUUAAAGAGUAUUUAGAAUCUAUAGAGCAGUGUUUCCCAACGUGGGGCCCAUGCCCCACAGGGGGCAAUUCGAAUAUGGACUCGACAUGACUUUAACCCUUACGAUAUGGGCCAUUUAAAUGCAAUGCUAGAUUUCUGUGAAAAACAUUAAAGUCUAUAUUUACUGCUCAUACUUCAGGUAAUAAUCGUAUUCUUGAGUCGAGUUAUCAAAUAUUUUUAUUCAUCGCUAAAACAAAAAAACAUACUAUAGGAGAGAAUUUAAUAAAAACGUCAAUAUCAGCAUGUCUUCAAACGGUUCUUGAAAAAGAUGACAAAAAUGUAAAAACUACGCCACUCAGUAACAAUACUGUUAGCAGAAGAAUCGACGAAAUGGGUGAAGAUACUAAAAAACAACUUGUUGAAAAGCUGAAAAUAAAUUUUUUAGUGCAAACGGAUAAAUCAACUUUGAGAUACAGUGAGGCAGUAUUGAUAACUUACGUAAGAUAUAUUGAGACAGGGCAUUUUGUUGAAGAAAUGUUGUUCUGUAAAAGGUUAGAAAGCACAAUAAUGAAAAAUAUAAAAUAUUGUGCUGCUGAUGAUGCUGAUGUGAAAAAUAAUAUGGGAAAUUGGGCAAGAAAAAUGCUUACUUAAAAUUGACGAAAGAUGCGAAUCCAUAAAUGAUUCUUGUGCAUUGUGUUAUUCAUAGGGAAAACUUGAUAGCUAAAAACAUCUCGCCUGUUCUAUAUGAAGUACAUACUACAUUCCGUAAGAAAAUGUGUGAAUGCUAUUAAAUCUAAUGUCAAAUGUGAGCAUCUCUUCAAGCUAUUUUGUGAAGAACAAAAUGAAGACCACCUGAGACUUUUACUUCAUACUGAAGUAAAUAUUCUAUCUGAAGAGAACUGCUUGAAAAAAUUUAUGGAACUGUCUGAUACUAUCAGUGAUUUUUUAUGCCACACAUCUGAAAUUAAGUAUCUGUUAACAAUCGAUGGUAAAGUAUUUGUGAGUUAUUUAGACGACAUAAUUGAAAAAGUAUUAUCGAUGUAAAAGCGAAAAUAUUUUCAUUAUCCAUAUUAUGUCAGAAACCUAUCAACUACAAAAACUUUGAACAGUUUCAGUGGCUCCAAAAAUGUGAAGUAACUGAUAGCGCUUUACUUCUUAUUGUCAAUCAUCUGCAUAUUCUAUUGGCUGAUUUAAAAGAAAGAUUUUCUGAUUUAAAAUUAUUUGAUUUUCCAAUGGAUGAUGCAGCCAAUGUUAGUGGAUUUGUUUAAGAAAAAAAUACGCAGUAUCAAGAAAAUCUCGUAGAAUUGCAAAAUUAUGAAUCAGUUAAAACUUUAUUAAUAUAAAAGGAGCGAUGUCAUGGCUUUGUGGAAAAAUAGUAAUCGAACACCCAAAUUCAACCAAAUGUGCAAGAAAACUAUGGCUAUCCUUUUCAUCUUCAUAUUUAGCUGAAUGUAGAUUUAGUGAUAGAAAACCUAUCAUUUAAUAUGUUACAGAGGAGGGGGGGCAUAAACAUUUUUGAAAUUGCUAAGGUGGGACAUGGCACAAAAAGGUUGGGAAACACUGCUAUAGAGUCUUCUUCAUGUUUUCCUUCAGAACGUUGAUUACCGCCAUAGCUAUAUUGAUUUUAUUCACCGCCACCCUAAAUAGCAUGCUUGUACCAAUACCAUACCAAUUUCGCCAGUUCUUCAACCAUGAGGUCUUGCUUCGUCCUGGACUGCGAUUUUCCCUUGCAUAAUAUUUCGUAGCAACCUAUAUUUGGGACAUUUCAUUACAUGUCCGAAAUACUAAGCUUUCUCUUAUUGAUGCUUUUUAUAAUCUCAGUACUCUUGCUGAGACGUUCUGGUAUUAUGGAGUUUCGACGACUCUUCUCCACCCAAGAAACUUUGAAAAUUCUUCCAUAGAACCACAUUUAGAAAGCCUCAAGGCGACUUAGAUCACUUUUAUUCACAGUCCAAGACUCGACACCAGAACACUUAGCAGCGAUGUUGGCGGACGCUCAAUGUCAACUUUAGGUCUCUUUUACAUUAUACCUUCUAAAAUCGGCUCUAUUCUGCUCAAUUCUGGAUCUACAUUCACCGUGACUCUUUGCGUUACAAUUUAACUGAUAUCCAGGGUAAACAAUUAGAUCAACUUGCUCAAGUUUGGUACUAUUUACAAAUAUACAUAUAUGUAGACUAUCUUGUUAUUGUUAUUUGCUUAUUUCACGAGUAUUUUGGUUUUCCGUAUGUUCGGAUCCAGGCCUGCUUCCUUACAGCUCUCAGCGACACUGCCAAGCAAUAUUUGCAGAUCUUGAGUAGAAGCUAGGAGUGUACUGUGUCGUCCGAAUAUCGCAAAUUGUUGAUGACUUCAUCGUUCUCAAUUAAGUACCUAUUCCUUCUUGUUUUUCGUUCUCCUUCUAUGCUUGUAUAGUUCGUUCACUAUAAAACACAAUUUUGUAGACUGUUCUUUUUUUUUAAUUACGAAUUAAAGGGCAAAUUUCAUCUUGGUAGCAAUUUAAUAUGAAAGAUAUGACCUUGUAUUACUAAUAUGGUAAUAGUUUACAAAUCUCUUAUGAUAAUUAUCGCACUUUGCUUUGAGAUAUUUUAAACUAGCAUUUACAAUGCUCUGAUAUGUGAUAUAUUUUCCUUAUAUUAAAUUUUUUAAACUGCAUUUUUACCUUUGUGGAUGCGUGAUAGUGUACUUAAACAAAAAAAACUGAUAAGUAAAGUAUAUCAUAUACCCACGGGUAAAGCAGAGUGUCUUGUAGAAUGAUUCAGUUAUAGAGAACUAUACUUAUAUUUUUAUAUAUGUUAUUGUAGGCAGAACUUUAAUUUUCUAACUAAUGAAACUGAUUAUUCAGUACCACAAAACAAGGAAAUAUACGAUGUCUUAAAAUUUAUUUUCAAAAUACUUUAAAAAAUUUACAAAAAUUAGAUGUCAUGUCAUUGAAAAAAUUUUCGAUCGAAAAAUAAACACAUUAGAUCACAAAAUUUGUGAUAACAGAGCUCUUUCUCGCCGCCAUUUUCUUCGUACACUUGACAUAUGACGUAUAAUAUAUACGUCAUAUGUCAAGUGUACGAAAAAUAUGGCAGCGAUGACGCCCUAUUGUCAACAUUAUCAAAAACAAUAUUGUUGAAACUUACAUACAGGACUAAUAUUAAUUGGUCAAUGGCUAUAGUACCAACGAAUAUAGACGCAUAUGCGUUUAUAUUCAUUGGUAGUACCGGGUAGUACCUAAAGACAAAAUGAUAUCGUAUGAUUUCUUUGAAAAAUUUCCAUUCAUUGCUUGCAAAAUAAAAAUUAGAGGAGUUUCAGUAAAAGAUCUGCUAAAAAUGUAACAUUUCGAAGAGUACUUAAUCAUUUAUUGCAGUAUUUUUAAAAGUAAGGCACUCUGUAAAAAAUAUUUUUGGAAAAAUUACUUCCAUGACUGUUUAAAAUAUAAAUACUAUUGACAUGUUUUUAGCUCUCUUAAUAUAUAAGUAAAAAUAUAUAAUAUAAUCACUGAAGUAUAUCUAAUUUUCACAUUUAUCGUCAUUUCGUGUUUCUGAUAUUUUUUCAUGAAUAUUUCAUUUUUUUAACGAUAAUUUUAACGAAUCGAUGAUAAUCAUAUUAAAAAAUUUGGUAUUUUUCUGAUUUAAAACAUUCAGUGGGGUUCACUGUCUAUGUUUUAUUUAUAAAUAGUAUAUAAGGUUUUUUACUACAAAAAUACGCUUACGUCAUUCAAGAUUUCUUACGUCAGAACCCCACAGCAUUGCCAAAAUAUCAGAAUACUAAAUAAAUGACGUCAAGUCGAUAUUUGGAUAAUACUACACGUUUAUUUACUAUUCUAAUGUUUUGGCAACUCUGUGGGAUUCUGACGUCAGAAAUCUGAAGUGACGUAAGCGUAUUUUCGUAGUAAAAAACUAUAUUAGUAAGCAAUGUUGGUUCUUCUGUAGCAGAUUUUUUAACAAUAAUCGAGUCGUUCUCUUAGAGAGUGCUUCAGACAGUCAAAUGAGAUUUGACCUUGAAUGACCUUGUAUAUGAAUUUUAUUAGAUCACUGACAAAUAACUCUCUAAUAUAUGUUGCAAAAGUCACCAAAACCGUUUAAACGUGGUUAAGGCUAAUCGAUUGAUUUUUAACAUAUUAUAUGUGACUAUUUGUACUACAAAACUGAUAUUGAACCACACUGCAUACAUAAAAUUGUUUCUAUUGUCUAGCUAGUAUAAAUAUAAUCAACGAUGUUCACUAAUCAUUGAAAUUUUUUAUGAAAAAAUAUCAAAUUGCUGCUUUUUUACUGUAUUUGAUAAGACAUUAUCGAAUUUAAAAACAAAUUAUUCACUACUUGUCUAGAAUAGUCCUACUUUUUAGUAAAUUUGUAGUUGCAUUAAUCUAAGAAUCAUUAUUUAGUCAUUCUAUGAAUUGACUUAAAAUGUUAUCAUGUAUGUUCGGGCCUAACAGAGAUAUUUUGUUUCGAGUUAAUCUAUUAUGGAAUUGAACUAUCUGAAGUUAUGAUCCAGUUAGUUUUACAACUUUACUUGACAUACGUUAGAAAAGAGCCCAUCAAUAUAUUAAUCUUUAUAAAUAAUUAAUAUAAUCAUAACAUAACAAUCAAAAUUGAAAUGAACUUUACUAUUACAUGGUGAGAUUUGUGAUUUGUAAUACGAAAGAUUCCAAAUCGUUGGAGUAAAAUCAUCGAUUUGUAUAGAUAUAUGUAAUAAAUGAAAUCCGGCUCGGAAGGACCAUAAAGGAAAAAUCGGGUGUUGUUUUAUAUUAAAUUAAUUAAAAGUAAAAAACCUAUACAAUAAUCUAACUGGCUCCAAAUAAAAUUGGUAAACGGCAAGAAUGUUAAGAGAUUUUGAUUAAUUCACAACCAGGUUCUUAGUUAUAGUCUCUUACUAACUGGUUCACAACUUCAGUAUGAUAUACGGGCACUUUCUCUUCAAAAUUUAAAACCUACAUGGUAUAGCAUAGCCUGAUUGUUAUUGUAAAAACUAUAAAUAUGAACAGUUAUUACAUGUUUCUUGUUUUAUCUUUUACUAAAGACCAACUUUAUGCUUGGCACGAGGCAAUUUAGUUAAAUUUCAUAAUUAACAAUGUACAGUUCCGAAGAAAAUGAACAUGAGUCUCUAAAGAUAAUUCAAUAAAUAACUGAAAUUAAAGAGUCCAUUACAAUGCCAACAGUUUUUGGAAAAUAUGUAUGAAACUAUUUCUACUUCUUGCGCUUGGUAUUCAAUUUCUUAGCGUGACGGUCGAUUUUUAUCGCCCGUCCACAAAUUCCGAUAGUGUACCACAUGCGAUAACGGGACAUUUCACACACGCUGACCGUUCUCGCACAUGGUUCACUAUAGGAAUUUGGACGGGCGAUAAAAAUCGACCGUCCUACAUCGAUGUGUGUGUAUUUAGCGUAAGGCGUGCUACUCCAAUGAAUUUUACAUCAGGUUCCACAAAACUUCUGUGCAACUCAAAGUUGCAACACCAGCGUCACAAACCUUCCUCUUUUAUUUUUCCAUACAUUUUUUUGGGAUUUUAAUCUCGAAACGUUUUAAUCAGUUAUUUACUCGUCACAUUCCUGUGACCAGCAGCCUCUCUUGCUCUUGAAAAAGCUACAUAUAAUUGUGAAAUGUUGAGAUGAACACGGUGCAAAUUCAGACUUUAGAAUUUUAUAUUGCUUGACUUUGUUGUAGAUAUUCCCUCCUUUUUUGCAUUGUCUAAAAUGUAUGUAACACUCCACAAAAAUAUAUAUCAUGUAAUUAAUGUUUCUCUCUCCUUUUAACUAACUUACUCACCAUUUCCUUGUUGCCGAUUGAGGUAGGACCAGUAUCUAUGAGAAUUACUAAAUUAUCCUUUAGUAUUUUAGAUUUUUUGCAAAAAAUUUCGAUAUCAAGCUGAAUACACGUUAGAUAUCACGAAAAUUUUUGGUCCUUUGAACUCAUAAUCCAUUGUUACGUCACGUCUUCGAUUUUAUAAGUAAUUAUUACAUCCAAACUUAUUUCUUUAACUACUGUAGGCAUAAUGGAUUCUUUAUAAUAUAAGCAAAACUAAAUCUAUCUUAAAAAAUAUAGAAAAUAAACCACGUAUAUAUUAGAAGAAGUUUUAUAGUUACCAAAUAUUUCCAAUUUCAUACUUCUGAAGUUAUACUGUUUAAACUUGAAUGCAUUAACCUGAUACAUAUUCCUAAGUUGUACCUUUGUAAUCUCAAUUGACGUGUUCAUUUUUACACCAGUACUUUUGCUAUUCAAAACGGUUCUGUGACAAUUUUUCGUACAAUGUAUGAAACACUGUUUAAAUCAAAUAGUGAUAGUAUUUCACUGUUCGUGUAUUUAGGUAUAUAGGACAUACCACUAAUCUUCGUGCAGAGAUCGUGGGUAUAUAUCUUUAAAAUUUUAAUUUGUCUUUCUCGGAUUGGCUGUACUUUAGGGAUGAGAGAUUAUGAGCUGUUUGAUAUUUUUCCAAAAAUAAAAAAUGCAGUUUUCCAUGAGUUUUCUGUAAAAAAUCACUUUAAAACUAUUAUAUACAGCCAUGUUUCAGUAGCCAUGAUACAUACACUGCUUUAAAACCAGUGUAUUCAAAUACCAACUUGUUUACAAUACUUUAACAUACUGACAACUAUAAAUUUCAAGAACUGAAUUACUAUUGUUCCAUAAAAUAUCAACUUCCUAUGUUUAUCUAAAUUUUCUGACGUUCUAGACUUCACUAGACAUUUAGAGAUUUUUCGAUGGCAUCUCGAAUAUUCUGGAAUUUCGAUGCUGCUUCUUUUUCGUCAAGGGACUUUUUCUAUGUGGAAUAAAUCUUAUGGAACUGUCGUAAUACUGCUCCCCCAUUUAUAGUUAUUCGCCUCGAAUAAUUGGCCUAUCAGGGGCCUAUUGAAGCCAACAGAGAGGAUCAGUUCCAUGGUAUGGAGCUAAUUUCUCGAUAUCAACUACCUUGGGGUUACUUCUAAUAGAAAACUGGAUGCGGUAGAUUAGUUCGUUUAUUUUCUUCAGGGCGGUUUCCCAGUUUCGUUGAAGUUUCAGACAAAGUCCUUUCUUACGUUUGGGAAUGUAUAACCAUACUGCGUCACCUCUUUCGAGCAGUUAUGUUUAUUCGUAGACCUUUUCUCAUUUUUCUUUCCAAUUUUCGAUGUACAUCAUGGAUGAACGUUUUUCUUCGCAGGGAAACAAACUUUCAAAAAUAACGAUCUUGAAGAAGCUUCAUUUCUCUUCCGGUGAUCAUCAUCCAUAGAGAAUAACCUGUUGCUUCAUGUUCGGAAAAUCUAUAGGCUAACAGGAAUAGAGGAAUUGAAGUAUCACAUUCUUUUUGAUUAUCCGCAACAAACAUUGAAAGAUUUUUGAUUGCGGAUGGAGAAAAAAUUUUUGAUUUCGUCCUUGAUCAGAAUGUAACUCUAAAGGUACUCCAUGUCUUGAUACGACGUGUGGUAUGAAUGCUUCUGUUACCGUAGUUGCUUCUUGAUUAGAAGGAGAUGCAAUAUCAGGCCAUUUUGAAAAAUAAUCUAUUGCAACCAUGAAGUACUUAUUCCCUGUCUUUGUCACCGGAAUUGGACCAAGAAUAUCCACUGAAAUAUGUUCAAAAGGCUCUCCAGAAAGAUAUUGUGCCAUUUUACCACGACUUCUUGUUCUAGUACACAUUUCUUACACCAAUCUUCUACAUCUCGGCGACAAUUGAUCCACUAAAAUCUAUCUCGAACUUUGACCAGUGUUCUCUUGACUCCAAAAUGUCCUCCAAAAAUGUUUUUAUUUUAAUAUUUGCUAUGAGCACGUAUGCUUUGUUGUAUAGUAAUUUCCAGCCACUUACAGUCACCUAAAAUUUAACCAACGCCAAAGUAGCAAAAAAUAAUUACUAAAUUUACUAGACAGUUGGACUGGAAUCAGCAAACUGAAUAUAUCUAUUUUAGGUCCUACAAAAGUGCUUUUUGACAUUUUUUAAAAUGAAUUUUACUAAAAUUUGUGGAAAAAUAUAUUUUUCAAUAUAUAAUAUUCGUUCAGUCGUAUAAUUUGAUUACAAAGCAUGGCUCAAAUUCUCCCAUUAUUAAAGUACAACUGACGUCAUCUCUAUAUUUGAUCAUUUUUAAAGCAAUACUAUUGUAAUGUCUUUUUACACUUACCUUAAACCAGGGUUGACCAGGUUUAACUAGAUCAUUUUAAGUACUCUUUUAAAGACUCCCUUUAAUAGAUCAUCUAAAAUGACCGUUCCGAACCCAGGACUACUUCCUAGGUGUAAGUUACUUUCUUAUGAAAACGACUCUCAAAAUAAUCCUUUAUCAAAUGAAUCUCACUAUUUAGCUUGGUACACUUGAUUCACAAGUAUACAUUUUUUGUAAAAUAUCUUAAAAAUGAGUGUCUGCAUAUGUGAUAAUUAUAACAGAUCAUAUUUAUGUAAUUCCUCAUGUAAGAAGUACCUAAAGGUACUCCAUUACGUUGGUACUUCGUGCUCCGUGUGGAUAUGGCGUGCGCUCCUCUACAUAUAAACCGCCACCAAUUGGAUCGCCUAGGGUGAGCGCCGCUCCGGGCCGCAUCUAAACAUUCUUUAUAUGUAUUUGGCACAUAGAAGAUUUCUAUUGGUUCUUUGCAGCACGCGGACAUAUUUCAACCAAUACGCGGCGAGGUGCCAAACGCAUAUACGGAAUGUUAUUCGGUGCGAAAUUCAUAUACGGAAUGGUAAAUAUUCGUAGCAUAAAAAGACAACUUUUUAUUAGCCAGUUAAAAGGAAAUUGAUUUUAAAAUACUUCUUAAUGUAUUAUUAAAUAAAAAUAAAACAAUUAUAGUAUUUGGAAUGUUAUUUGGUGCGAAAUUCAUAUGCGGAAUGUUAAAUAUUCGUAGACUAAAAAAGACGACUUUUUAUUAAGUCAGUUAAGUAAAAUAUUUUGUUAAUGUAUUAUUAAAUAAAAAUAAAACAAGUAUAGCAUAGGAAUGUUAUUUGGUGAGAAAUUCAUAUACGGAAUGUUAAAUGUUCGUAGAUCAAAAAAGACGACUAUUUUCGUCUGGUAGCACACAGGCUUAAACUUAAACAGAAAUAACAGAAUUGAAUAGCUGAAACAUAAAUCUAAACAUACUAUACAACACGUGCAAGUCACUAAAAAUUCUGCGAGAGUGAAAUAGUCAAAUAAAGAAAUAAUUAAGUCUCUCAAAUCUAUACCAUACCAUUCCAUUUAUAAAUUUCGCAUCAAAUAACGUUCCAUAUAGGUAAUAAUUGUUUUAUUUUUUUUAAUAUACAAAAUAUUCUAAAAUCCGUCUUCUUUAACCGACUUAAUAAAAAGUCGUCUUUUUUAGCCUACGAAUAUUUAACAUUCCGCAUAUGAAUUUCGCACCAAAUAACAUUCCAAAUACUAUAAUUGUUUUAUUUUUAUUUAAUAAUACAUUAACAAGUAUUUUAAAAUCAAUUUCCUUUUAACUGGCUAAUAAAAAGUUGUCUUUUUAUGCUACGAAUAUUUACCAUUCCGUAUAUGAAUUUCGCACCGAAUAGCAUUCCGUAUAUGCGUUUGGCACCUCGCCGCGUAUUGGUUGAAAUACGACCGCGUGCUGCAAAGAACCAAUAGAAAACUCCUAGGUGCCAAAUACAUAUACGGAUUGUUUCGAUGCCUCCGGGCCAUCUCAACCCUCGACGAUCCAAUCGGUAGCGGUUUAUAUGCAGAGGAGCGCAUGCCGUAUCCACACGGAGCACGAAGUACCAACGUAAUCGAUACGUACCAUAACAAAGUCAUUUGUGGCUAAGUGUAAACAAAAAUACGUGUCAUUAUCUGUUAAAUAUUGUAUUAAAUGUGAUGUAAUAAUUUUUGUAUAAAAAUAUGUAACAAUGAUUUUCAGUAAGUUACUUAACAGUAACACUGUAACUAGUAGUGCUAUAACACAUAACAGUAAAAGUUUUUUAUUCCUAAAAAUGUUUAUUUGCUUAUCUUACACUAUUUGUUUUAUAUUGUAAGUAACUCGAAUAUUAGUAUCUUUCAGUCAUUUCCAUUUCUCUUGGUUCUGUUUCCACAGUUUUAGUUUUGAUCUUCCAAUCAAUAUAUAAUUUUACAAAAUCCACAAGGAAAAGAAAAUUUUUUCCUGUAGUUGGCUGUAUACCAUCAAUCACAAAAAUUGGAAAAAAUCCUUUGUAAAAGGUAUAAAAUUUUUAUUAAAAAUCCCUUUAAGGGCAUCACAACAAAACGUUUUGGAUUUUAUAAAAAAGAAGUUAGACAGAUUGGAUGCCAGCUGAGCCACCAAAGAAAUAUUCGGGUAAAACCCCUUUAAAUAUUAUAUGGAUGCAUUAAAGGUGCAUACUUAAAUCAAAUGCCUUAGGAUAGGUACAUAGCAACAAGGAUAAUGCCCUUAGGUAAGGUAUUGAAUUUCCCAACUCGUGGGAUGUAAAUUGAGUUGUUUACAUUACAAUGACUUAAUGGCCAUUAAGUCACCAUUUAAAGGGUUUUUACCCGAAUAUUUCUUUGGUGGCUCAGCUGGCAUCCAAUAUAUCUAACACUGAUGAUAUUUUUUAUAAAAUCGAAAACGUUUUGUUGUGACGUAGCCCUUGAUGGGAUUUUUAAUAAAAAGUGUAUACCUUUUACAAAGGAUUUUUUCCAAUUUUUAUAAUUUUACGUUUUCGCAAGGUAUCCGACGUAGAUUGAUUUCAUAUUUGCUAUCUUCUAAGUAAAAAUGUGUAUUCCUGUGAUCUCUGUCACUCAAGCAUCUUACUCCGGGGCAUUACAACCCUUCGUGGUUUUUAGCCAACUUGACAACAUCCUCCAUUCCUCUCUAUCUUGGGCAAUCUCCAUCCAAUUCGCCACGCCCACAGUUGUCUCUUCUGCUAUAUUAUCGCGCCAUCAGAGUCGAGGUCGUCCUCGUGGUCUUCUUCCAGUUGGGACUUCUUUCCAUAUCAGCCUUACUAUUCUUUCGUCAGAAUCUGAGUUGUCCUGCCCGUUGGAGUUUUCCGGACUUUAUUUGUUAAAAAACAAUGACGGAUACAGUUAAAAAAAUUAGGUUAUAAACAAAAAAUACAAAAAAGUUGGAUGACUGACGAAAUCCUGGCAAUGUUCGAAAAAAGAAGAAAACAUAAAAACGAAGGGAACCGAGACUAAUAUCAAGAACAACAACAAAGCAUAAGAAGCGAGAUAAGAACGGCAAAAAAUAAGCGGCUCAAGAAACAGUGUGAGGAAAUGGAACAGUUACAAAAACAACAUGAUGGCCACAAUCUACAUAAGAAACUAAAGGAGGUAGCUGGAAUAUACAGAAAAAAGAAAUUUUCUAACUUAGAAAAUGGACAAGGACAAACGGCACAAGAUGAUAGAGAGAGGAAACUCAUAUGGGAAGAAUACAUCAAAAAUCUCUUUGCAGACGAGAGGCCUGAGAUAGGAGUCGUUCAGGAAAAAGUGAUACAUAUUAACAACCUAUCUGGUCCCGAGAUCACAAUUGAAGAAAUUAGUAGAGCAAUGAAUACCUCGAAAGACAAGAAAGCAAUUGGACCUGAUCAAAUUCCUGGUGAGUUACUCAGAUUGUUAGAUGAAGAGGGAAUUACGAGACUUCAAAGAUUUUUCAACCAAAUCUAUAAAAAAGGAAAAUUCCCUGUCCAAUGACUUGUAUCUACCUUUAACCCUUUGUCAAAAAAGAACAACGCAACAAAGUGUCAAGACCACCGACUGAUAAGUCUGAUGAGCCAUUCCUUAAAAAUAUUCCUCAAAGUUCUUCACUACAGAAUCUCCACAAAAUGCGAUAAGGUUAUUGGUUGCUCACAAUUUGGAUUUCGAAAAGCUUGGGUACCAGGGAAGCACUAGUUGUAACCCAAGUGCUAGCUCAGAACUGCUACGAUCAAAGGAAAGAUGUAAUGAUGUGCUUUAUAGAUUAUGAAAAAGCCUUCGAUCGAGUACAACGUCAUAAACUCGUACAUAUACUAAAACAACUCGACAUAGAUCAAAAAGACAUUCGUUGCAUAGAAGCUCUUUACUGGAAUCAAACAGCUGUCGUCAAGGUGGACAAUGAAACAACGCAAGCUCAAAAAAUUCUGAGGUGUAAGACAGGGAUGCAUUCUCUCCCCACUACUGUUCAAUUUAUAUUCAGAAAGCAUCUUCCAGGAAGCUCUUGGGGAAUGCGAAAGCGGCAUCAAAGUAAAUGGUACCUGGGUCAAUAAUAUACAUACGAUAUGCGGAUGAUUCGGUCUUAAUAGCAGACAAUAUAGAAGACCUCCAAAACCUUCAUAAUACAAUUGGAGAACAUAGCGAGAACAUGGGAUUUAGCAUCAACAUAAAACAGACGAAGUUCCUUAUAAUCAGCCGCCAAUUAUGUCAACAUCAAAAUGCAAGUAUAGCAUAUAACAACCAAGAUGUAGAGCGCGUAAGAAAAUUUAAGUACCUGGGAACCUGGCUAUGUGAGGACUGGAUGUCAGAUAUGGAAAUUAAAUGUCGGAUAGAACGGAACAGAAGUGCAUUCAUGAAAUUCAGAAACGUCUUUACGAACUCUGACUUUGAUCUGAACCUAAGACUAAGAUUCACGAAAUGCUAUAUAUGGUCGGUCCUCCUAUAUGGCAUGGAAGGAUAGACUUUAAAAAUAAACACAAUGAAUAAGCUAGAGGCAUUGGAAAUGUGGAUUUAUCUACUAAUCCUUAAAGUUCUCUGGACCGCACGAAUAACAAAUAAAGAAAUCCCGAGAAGAAUUGGUACAGAACGACAACUGCUAUGCACAAUUAAACAGAGAAAAACGGCACCUAAUUAGAAACGAAAGAUACCAGUUUCUGCAAACCUUAAUUGAAGAAAAGAUCGAAGGAAGAAGGAGAGUGGGCAGGAAGAAAAUGUCAUGGCUCCGUAAUGUCAAACAAUGGACAGGACUAAGAAACAUAGGAGACCUAAUACAUACUGCAAGGGAUAGAGAAAAAUGGUCAAACGUGAUCGCGAACAUCCAUUAGUGGAUUGCAUAAGAAGAAGAAGAAGGACUUUAUUUAUUUUAUUAUGUUGGCGUCUUGAUAUAUUUCUUCGAGCUCUUUCUUAGUUCUUAUCCCAUAUUGUCCUGCUGCUUCAUGAAGCACAGGAUUGUGCUAUCUUCCUUAGGAUUUUUCUUUCCCAAACAAGAAGUCACUCUUCGUUUGACUUUGUUAUGUCUUGUUAUUUGUUUUGGUUUUAUAAAGUUUUGAAGGGCAAAAGACAUCCUACUGUUUAUUUCUCUGAAUCCGUUGUCUUCAAUUAUUGUGGCUCCAAAAUACUUAAAUUCUCUGGCGCGCUCAAGCUUAGGUCAUCUAAGGUGAUAUUCUAAUUUUCGAGAUAUACUUUUUCUGUGCUGUUUACAAAUUUUGCUAACAUUUGUUGUAGCCUUCAGACGUAGCGUGAGUACACGCAUACUAUUCAUACUAUUUUUGUUUACACAUUAUCGUACAAUUAUAAACAGUGUGUUUGUACAAUUUUGAUAGUUUUUAAUGUUUUGUGCAAUAGUGUACGGGGUCUAGUAUUGGAAUAUUUUAAAUUUAUACCGGAUGUCCACAAACUCACUUCAAAAACGAAAACAAAAAGUUACUUUUUUUACGUCUAUAUGAUAAUCGAUUACCUACCUUGUGUAAUUAUUUGAAAAUAUUUAACAAAUCAGUGUAGUUCGAUGGCAUGAGUAUGAUUUUUAAGCCAAUUGAUCAAAUAUAUUAAUGUACCUAAACGGUCAUUUGAUCGUAUCAGAGUAAACAGCUGUUAGAACGACUUAUUCAAAUAUAUUCUCUUUAAAAACCAAUUUUUUAAUGUAAUCCCUAUCAAAUCGUCAUAAAAUGGUUUCUAAAAUUUUCAUUUUCUUUUGUGAAAUAAGUUUGUGGAUGUUGUGUAUUUGCUCAUGUUUUUAUUUUGUUAUUCUUUGUGUAUAAUAGAAAGUGUUAGGUUUUUUGGCACCUAAUGUAUAUGCUUCAUUGCUUUAUUGUAAUAUUUGUCAUUUGAGUGCCAUUUUUUUAUAUAUUAAAAUGUUGAUUUUUAUUUAUUUUUGUUAUAUAUUAAAAUAAUGUUAAUGUAUAUACAGAAUUAUGAAAUUUUGCUUCAUCAAUUUAUAAUGAUGUAAUGUAUGUUUUCCCUUAACAAUCAAGUGUUGAAGUAAAUCACUUUUAUGGAAAAUUAUACUGAAAAAUUAA